CGUCCGCUGUGGCUCGGCCGCUGCCGCGCUGUCGUCGCGGCGCCCCCGCCCAGUCCUCCGUCCGCACCGCCCCUGGAGCCGGCCGGCCGGGCCCGGAGCCAGGGCCCAGUCCCCGACAUGCCGGCCUGGCGGCUGUUGGUGCUGCUGCUGCUGGCGCUGCUGUUGCCCGGCUCCAGGAUUUUUGGAAGUACCAGCACAGUGACACUGCCUGAAACCUUAUUGUUUGUGUCAACGCUGGAUGGAAGCUUGCAUGCUGUCAGCAAGAGGACAGGCUCCAUCAAGUGGACUUUAAAAGAAGACCCAGUCCUGCAGGUCCCAACGCACGUUGAAGAGCCUGCUUUCCUCCCAGAUCCCAAUGAUGGCAGCCUGUAUACACUUGGGGGCAAGAAUAAUGAAGGCCUAACGAAACUUCCCUUUACCAUCCCAGAGUUGGUACAGGCAUCCCCAUGCCGAAGUUCAGAUGGAAUCCUCUACAUGGGUAAAAAGCAGGACAUUUGGUAUGUCAUCGACCUCUUGACUGGUGAGAAGCAGCAGACUUUGUCAUCAGCCUUUGCAGAUAGUCUCUGCCCAUCAACCUCUCUUCUGUAUCUUGGACGGACAGAAUAUACCAUCACCAUGUAUGAUACCAAAACCCGCGAGCUCCGCUGGAAUGCCACCUACUUUGACUAUGCAGCCUCACUGCCCGAGGACGACAUGGACUACAAGAUGUCCCACUUUGUGUCCAAUGGUGAUGGACUGGUGGUGACUGUGGACAGCGAAUCUGGGGACGUCCUGUGGAUUCAAAACUAUGCCUCUCCAGUGGUGGCCUUCUACGUCUGGCAGCGGGAGGGUCUGAGGAAGGUGAUGCACAUCAAUGUCGCUGUGGAGACCCUACGCUACCUGACCUUCAUGUCUGGGGAGGUGGGUCGCAUCACCAAGUGGAAGUACCCGUUCCCCAAAGAGACGGAGGCCAAGAGCAAACUGACGCCCACCCUGUAUGUUGGGAAGUACUCCACCAGCCUCUAUGCCUCUCCCUCCAUGGUGCAUGAGGGGGUCGCUGUUGUGCCCCGUGGCAGCACUCUUCCUUUGCUGGAAGGCCCCCAGACUGAUGGUGUCACCAUUGGGGACAAAGGGGAAUGUGUGAUCACACCCAGCACAGACCUCAAGUUUGACCCCGGACUCAAAGGGAAGAACAAGCUCAACUACUUGAGGAAUUACUGGCUCCUGAUAGGACACCAUGAAACCCCGCUGUCUGCAUCUACCAAGAUGCUGGAGAGGUUUCCCAACAAUCUACCCAAACAUCGGGAAAAUGUGAUUCCUGCUGAUUCUGAGAAAAAGAGUUUUGAGGACGUUAUCAACCUGGUGGAUCAGACAGAAAAUGCACCAACCACUGUGUCUCAGGAUGUGGAAGAGAAGUUGGCUCAUGCCCCUGCCAAGCCUGAGGCUCCUGUGGACUCCAUGCUCAAGGACAUGGCUACCAUCAUCCUAAGCACCUUCCUGCUGGUUGGCUGGGUAGCCUUCAUCAUCACCUACCCCCUGAGCAUGCAUCAGCAGCAGCAGCUCCAGAACCAGCAGUUCCAAAAGGAACUGGAGAAAAUCCAGCUCUUGCAGCAACAGCAGCUGCCCUUCCAUCCUCCUGGAGAAUUGACCCAGGACGUCGAGCUCCUGGACACAUCAGGCCCCUACUCAGAGAGCUCAGGCACCAGCAGCCCCAGCCCUUCCCCCAGGGCUUCCAACCACUCUCUGCACUCUGGCAGCUCUGUCUCCAAGGCUGGUGCCGGCCCCUUCCUGGAGCAGGACGAAGAAGAUGAGGAAACCAGCAUGGUGAUAGUUGGGAAAAUUUCUUUCUGUCCCAAGGAUGUCCUGGGCCAUGGAGCUGAGGGCACAAUUGUGUACCGGGGCAUGUUUGACAACCGUGAUGUGGCCGUGAAGAGGAUCCUCCCCGAGUGUUUUAGCUUUGCAGACCGUGAGGUCCAGUUGCUGCGAGAAUCAGAUGAGCACCCGAAUGUCAUCCGUUAUUUCUGCACGGAGAGGGACCGACAGUUCCAAUAUAUUGCCAUUGAGUUGUGUGCAGCCACCCUGCAGGAGUAUGUAGAGCAGAAGGACUUUGCCCACCUUGGCCUAGAGCCCAUCACCUUGCUGCAGCAGACCACCUCAGGCCUGGCACACCUCCACUCCCUCAACAUUGUUCACAGAGAUCUGAAGCCCCACAACAUUCUCCUCUCCAUGCCCAAUGCACACGGCAGGAUCAAGGCCAUGAUCUCUGACUUUGGCCUCUGUAAGAAGCUGGCGGUGGGCAGGCACAGCUUCAGUCGCCGUUCCGGGGUGCCUGGCACCGAAGGCUGGAUUGCCCCAGAGAUGCUGAGUGAAGACUGCAAGGAGAACCCUACCUAUACAGUGGACAUCUUCUCUGCAGGCUGCGUCUUUUAUUACGUCAUCUCUGAGGGCAGCCACCCCUUUGGCAAAUCCCUGCAGCGGCAGGCCAACAUCCUCCUGGGUGCCUACAGCCUUGAGUGCUUCCACCCAGAGAAGCAUGAAGACGUCAUUGCACGUGAGCUGAUAGAGAAAAUGAUCGCCAUGGAUCCCCAGCAGCGGCCCUCAGCGAAGCAUGUUCUGAAACACCCUUUCUUCUGGAGCCUGGAAAAGCAGCUGCAGUUCUUUCAGGACGUGAGUGACCGAAUAGAAAAGGAGUCCCUGGAUGGCCCGAUAGUGCGACAGUUAGAAAGAGGCGGGAGAGCCGUGGUGAAGAUGGACUGGCGGGAGAACAUCACUGUCCCCCUCCAGACAGAUCUGCGUAAAUUCAGAACCUACAAAGGUGGCUCCGUCAGAGAUCUCCUUCGAGCCAUGAGAAAUAAGAAACACCACUACCGGGAGCUCCCAGUGGAGGUGCGGGAGACUCUGGGCUCCCUUCCCGACGACUUUGUGCGCUACUUCACCUCCCGCUUCCCCCACCUCCUCUCACACACCUACCGGGCCAUGGAGCUGUGCAGCCACGAGAGACUCUUCCAGCCCUACUACUUCCACGAGCCCCUGGAGCCCCAGCCCCCAGUGACUCCAGAUGCCCUCUGACCAGGGCAGUCCCUCCAUUCUGGUGACCCAGCUGUGACUGCAGACCUGGUCUCUGCAGUCCAGAGCUUGAUGCCUCCCAGCUUAGCAGGGAGACCAGGCUUCCCAAACCAAGUGCCUUGAGCUGCCCACUCUGCAGCCAGCAGACGAUAAUGCUGACCCCAAGAAGUGGGAGAGGUGGUCCUCAUGACCUAUAGGAAACUAGGAGGAUGCUGGCCCUGAAAGCUUUGUAGCCCAAGGAUGUCUGCAAAGGAGGCUGUGAAAGGAGCACCGCUGACCCUCUGCUGGUUGGACUCACUUCAGCUUGUCUCUUUUUAUAAUUCCUACUUGAUGUCAGCUGAGGGCCUUUCAGGAGGGGAGCAGAGGAAUUCUGUGUGGCCUGCAGGCUGAGACCAGCUAGGCUGGGAUGCAGGAAGUGCAGCCUCUGCUAGAGUGGGCUAGAGAGGUGAGGAGUGCUGAGGAGGAGGACGUUUGGAGAUGUUCUCCUGGGGAAAAGGAACCUCAUCACAGAUGCAGCCAGAGGCUCCUUGGCUACUGGUAGCAGUGUUUCCCCAGGCAGCAAAGCCAUGAGCAUGGGGCGUAAAGUUAGGGCCAUGCACGUGGGCAGCUGAGGUGUAUCUAGUCUCUGGAAAUGAAGAGGACACUCUGUUCUGGAGGCUGCAGUUGGCAGCGUACCAGGGCCUGAAUGGAGGCCCUGAGGUGGAUUGUGUCCUGGGCCAUUUGGGGCCAGAGGGGAAGAGUUCCCUAGCCAUCAAGGAGGGCAGCUAACACCAGACAGGGACAGGCCCUCAGGAGCAGAGGGGAGCCACUGAAUGGGAGCCUCCUGGCUAUGCAUAGAAGACCCUGAGCCAGGUAGCCUUAGGGUCAGCAGAUCAGGAUGCACGUGGUGAGUGAGAGCCUGUAGCUGGGAGCCAAGCCCAGGGUCAUGUGGGCUUUGUGGGCCAGCUUUCGUAUUUCUCUUGGCAAAUCUUAAUCUAUUUUGAUCAUACUGUAGAAUGUUAUAUUAGCAUAAGUAAGCGAAACUUAACUUGAGACUUGCUCAUGAGGAAGAAAUGCAAGAUAUCUUCUAUUUUGUGUGGUACCAAAAAUCAUCAUCCUCUUGAGAGUGUUCCCAUGUAGACCAUUUUCUCCAAUGCUGAAGAGCAAAACAUUCUAGUAACACUGUAAAUGUACUAAUGUCAAAGUAAUGUUCCCUAAAUUAUGUCAGUACCUUUUUUCCCCUAAAAUCAAUCAAUAUUCAUUUCUAACUUUAGUUUCAGUUAAAACUUCUGUCUUUUCCCUCCCGAGAGCUUAGAGGUUACGGUGCAGUCAGGGUCCGCGGCGGGGAGAAUGUUCUGUGGGAACUUCCUGCAGCUCCUGGUCUGCUGAGUGUCCAGCCACUCCACGUCAGAGCAGCACUGUCAGCUUUACGCAGCCACAGGGUGCUGCUUCCCAUGAGAGGUUUUCUGCUUCUGUUCACAUUAGGUCGCUUACCCAAAGUUUAUUCUGCCUUUCUAUUCAGUUUCCUUGCUUUCUUAAUGACUAAAGUGGCCUUUUUCUUAAUGUAACCCUACAUCUUUAACCUCAUGGAGAACCCGCAUAUGACCUUAGAGCCUGGGCACUCUGGUUGGCUCCCUGGUGUCUCCUGUCACAUAGUCAGGAACACAGCCGGCUCUGUCCCCUGUACCUGAUCUGCCUUCACAGUGCUCUCUGUAGACUUGUACAGGUCACUUUGCUAGUGAGUCCAAGAGGUGACAGCCCGAAAAAGCAUCAGGAGUGGAGCAGGUGCCACACAUGAUCUAACAGGACUCCCUGCUGCUGGGGCUGCCGCUCGCCUCCUUCUCCUGGCUGGUUUUCCCUUCGGGAAGUACCCAGACAGCUUCUUGUGGCCUGCUGUGGCAUCAUCUCCCUGUUUUAGCCCAACUUACUGAGAGACAGCUUUUUCAGAUGCCUUUUCCACUCAACAGAUAGAUGAUCUGCUAACCACCCAAAUUCCUCAAACCCUUUACCCAGCACAUUUUAUUUUAGCACUUACUGUGUUGCACUGGGCAGGACACAGGUGCCAGAGAAAGAGAUGAGCCAGAUAGGCACAGCCCGCCUUCCCAGAGCUGCUUGUGAGAGUCACCCACAAAGACAUCAGUGCUACGAAGAAACCCCAGCAGUGGGGAAGGAUGUGCGUUUGGGGUUUGCACCUCUGCCUUAAAAUUGCCCCCAUCUCAGAGUCCAUGGGCUCUGGCCAGGUCACCAUCCCUCUGUUCUCUCUUCUCAUCUCUAGGGACUCAGGCACUUGUUUUGAAAACACCUGGGCAUCAUCUGGUGAAUCCAAUUUGAGUCUAGAAUUCCAGUUUCCCAUUUUGCUCAGCAAGGAGGAGGUUGUCUGAGGCAGAACGGCUCCGCAGCACUGUACAUCUUUAGUCCAAGUCAUGAGGCCUCUGUGAUUCCCAGAAGGCUGCUCAGCUUUUUAGAAGUCUGCUGUCUUCACCUUUAAGACAGAAUUGAGUUGCAUCUGUUAGGAAUCAGAGGUCCCUGUAUUUCGUUUAAAUCUGUCUUGGACUGUGUGUGAAGCCUCUCUUGCCCAUGAGCCACGUUUCUCUUGCUGCUUCUUAAGUCUUUUGUCUCCGUUUUUGAAGAGCACCACGUAUCCAUCAUUAGGCACCAAAGCAUUGGCACUCAGAGGAACGCCGUUAUCACUCAGCAGGGCAUCUGGUGGCUGAAGGUGAAAUCCACGUGAAAGUGCCCUGCUCUCACUGCAGCGGCUGUCACAGGCUCUUCAUGGAGACAGCACUGGACAGUUACAGACCCAUAUUGGGUUGGAGGUCUGCAGGGCAGGGGGUCCAGGGAAGUGCUUUCUUUCCACCAACCCUGGAGGAUUGGUUCUUGUCAGGGUUGACCUGAGCCUGUGGAGGGGCGUUGUGUGAAUGUGAUUCAUUAUGGAUGGCAGGUCUUUCUUGCCCCAGUAAAAGAGUAACUGGCUGUUGAGGUGAACUCCACGCAGAAGCAGCCCCUCGGGUUGCUGGGCCCUCCCCUCCUGGCUGCUUCUUUUCAGCAGCUGGGCUUUGGCCAGGUGUGGUUUUGCCCACUGUUCAUCCUCCACCCGUUCAUUAGAUCCUUGUCUGUCUGCUCCUUGUUCAUUUCCUUCAGUCAAUCAUUGGUUAGAAGGUGCUAGAAGAGCCAGCACAGUAGCCCUUCUCUUUGAUUUCUGAAACCACUCUUCUCUUGCUCAUCCCUCCACAUCCGGGAGCAGUGGUGUCAGUUGGGUGUUCCUGGCAGAAGGUCCUGGGCCUCUGUGCAGGAAGCCCACAUCACCCCAGUUCCCCCAGUCGGGCCAUUAUCUUGUCAGCCAAAGUAUCUGUCUCUUCUUAUUCUUUGUUUUCUUUAUAAAAUAGUGAUUUCCUGUGAGUAACUCUGGUUCCAGUUUUAUGUGUAGACAUCUAAGUCCUUUCUGUAUUCAUUGGAAAGCCACAAAAGACACCUCUGUGGCUGGGGAGACGGCUCAGUGGUAGCACGCUUGCCUUGCAUGCAAAAUGGCCCUGAGUGUCAUCCCCAGCCCACAAAAAUAAACAAAGGACGCAUCUGCCAUGAGCCUCCCCCUGGAGCAGCCUUAACCAACACUGCCAGCCAAAGUUCCCACCUGGGCCUCUCCUGCUCUCCAUGUUGGUGGGUACAGUAUUCCUUCCCAGUGUCCCUAAAGCUGUGACGGGGGAGUCCCCACUCACCUAAGCAUUACUGGUCAACUAUGCGGCAUUCUCACAUGCAGACGUUGUGUAGUGUUCUUUUUGCAAUGACCUAUUUAUUGAACCUAUUUAUAUUUAUUUAAUUUUUACUCUGAAGUAUAUCCAGUCACGGUUGCACUUGCUUAGAGCACAUCAUCUGUUUGGACAGUGCCCCUGACCAAUUCAAAACUGGAAAAGGAAGAGUCCUACUUAUCCUUCCAUGGACGGAUGCCUUACAGUAGUCUUGUCUUUUAAGGGUGAAUAAUUUGGUCGGGGUAAGUUGUUAAUUUUUAGAUGAUUUUUUUUUAAAUCUGUGCCACCAUGUCUUCUCUGUGGAUGGUUUAAUGUUUGGUUGGUAUGUGUUAAUUGUGUGGUACAAUCCUUUUUGUGGAAUCUUAAAAAUUUUUUUAGCUUUAUAUUUUAUAAAAUGCCAGAUUGUACAACUUUUAAGUGUAUUUUUAAAGCUUGAUGAUCUGAGGGUCAUUAUCUGAGUUAACGGCCUAUUUUCGUACCUCUUGUACAGUUUUAUAAUCUGCUGAUUGAUGAUGGCAUCUUACGUCAAGCCAACCACAAAUAAAGGUAGUUUUAGAUUUGGGA